UGGUCUCAAUAAUAGUAUCCCUCAAAAUUAAUAGGGAUUAUCCCGUUGAUCUUAGCAAAGAAGGGCGAAUGUUCAUAGAGCAUUGACACAUAUGCCCAUAUGAAUGCCUAAAUUUCCUUGUUAAAAAAGUACAUCAAAUUUCAUCGACUUCCCUGUUCAAUUAGUGUUGUUUCUCAGAGAAGAAGGUGACAAUUUUUUCAGAGCCAUGUUGUUAUCCAGAGCUUCCACAAUUCUUUCCCAACCUGCUACUACUAAUGUAAGACGCUUCGUUUGCAGUUGGAGAUGCGGAAGAAGAUUAAUUCUUGGGAAGAAGUUCUCCUUCAGCUUUAGGACCUUUCAUGUUAGACCUUCAAAAUCACCACAGGGACUUAGAGGUUCAAUUUUAAUUAAACAAUCUUACUCCAGUAUCCCUCAAACAGAGUCCCCAUUGCAAAUUGAGCUGGUGCCAUGCCUCAAGGACAAUUAUGCAUACCUAUUGCAUGAUUUGAAUACAGGAAUUGUUGGAGUUAUAGACCCUUCUGAGCAUGAACCUGUAAUUGAUACCCUGAAUAAGAAAAAUUACAAUCUCAAAUAUAUACUGAACACCCAUCAUCAUUAUGAUCACACUGGUGGGAAUAUGGAGCUGAAAGCAAGGUAUGGUGCAAAGGUAAUUGGCAUGGGCAAUGACAAACAUCGAAUUCCUGGCAUUGAUAUAGAAUUAUUUGAUGGUGACAAGUGGAUGUUUGCUGAGCAUGAGAUGCUUGUAAUGGAAACUCCUGGUCAUACAAGAGGCCAUGGGAGCUUCUAUUUUCCAGGGUCGAAAGCAAUAUUCACAGGUGACACUUUAUUUAGCUUAUCAUGUGGCAAGCUCUUUGAAGGGAGCCCAGAGCAGAUGCAUUCGUCACUAAGGAAAAUUAUGUCACUGCCAGAUGAUACGCGUAUUUUUUGUGGCCAUGAGUAUACUAUGAGCAAUGCAAAGUUUGCGCUUUCUAUAGAGCCGAAGAAUCAAGACCUCCAAGCAUAUGCUGCCCAAGUAGCAGAGCUUCGCCAGAAAAGCUUACCUACGAUUCCAGCAAUUUUAGGCAAAGAGAAGUCAUGUAAUCCAUUUUUGCGCACGUUUAGUUCUGAAAUUAGGAGAUCACUGAAAAUCCCAGAGAAUGCUAGUGAUGCAGAAGCUCUGGGUGUCAUCCGCAAAGCAAAGGACAAUUUCUAGGUAACACAAACUGAAAAAUAUAUCUCUCUUUGCCAUUCAUGUCCCAUGCACCGGAUAUUAGGCGUGUAAUAUUACACAUCAAAGUAUGGGUUUGCCUGA